AUGGCGAACGUGAAGGUUGAAGUUUUGCCCGGGCCUUUUCUGCAGCUCGGCGAAGGUCCACACUGGGACGGCGAAUCGCAAAGCCUGUACUACGUGUGCAUUCUCGGCAGUACACUGCAUCGGUACGAUUGGGGUGAAAACCGAACCUACACUGCCAAGAUCGAGGGCAGUACGUAUGCCUCAUUCGUCAUACCGGUGAAGGGGCGCAAGGGAGAGUUUGUGGUGGGCAGCGGGACGCGACUGUUGCUAGUGACCUGGGACGGGUUAGCCGAGUCAGCCACGAUCGUUAAAGUGCUGACCGACCUCGGUGAGGAGGAAGCCGAUCACCGCUUCAACGAUGGUAAGGUGGAUGGACAGGGUCGGCUGUAUGCCGGCACAAUGCUGGCCGAAGAUUCCCGCAAUCACUUCGAAAUGGACGACGGUAAGUUUUACCGCUUCGAUGCACACCGCGGCCAAAUGGUGACACUCAAGAGCAAGGUACACAUCUCGAACGGGCUAACGUGGAGUGCGCGUACCGGCAAGUUCUACUACAUCGAUUCGUUUACAUUCGACAUCAAAGAGUACACGGUGGAUGCGGAAGGAAAUCUGGGUGACGAAAGGGUGCUGAUAAAGCUGAAGGAUGACGAAGCGGCAACGGAGUACAUUGGGGACGGGAUGACGAGCGAUGCCGAGGGCAACCUGUAUGUGGCCGUGUUUGCUGGUUCGAAAAUCAUCAAGAUAAAUCCGGAGUUGGCAAAAAUAGUCCAGGAGAUUGCGCUGCCCGUUGCGCAGGUAACGUCCGUCGCAUUCGGUGGUCCCAAUCUGGAUGUCCUAUUCGCUACGACGGCCGCCAAGGAGAUUUCCAUCCCUCAGGAGCCACCGGCCGGGGCCGUUCUGAAGAUUACCGGACUGGCUGCACGUGGGACUGCAAUGAACGAAUUCCUGCUACCGAGCUCUUCGUCCUAA